CUCUUCAACUGAAGGCUUACACAGACAGCACCCAAUCGAAAGUAUCAUCAAUCAAUCAAAAGUAAAAGCAAAUUCUUUUAUAUCUGAUCUCCAUUCAGAAAUAAGAUGAACCGUAAUCUAUAUCCAACUGAUACAAGCUAUGGAAACCGUUUAUCCAUUCAGACACCUGAAUUCGGUAAUUACUCUUCUUCAACAGCCAGCUUUUCCUCAAAUGGUAGCUCCAUCUCACAACAAGAUUCUCAUUCCUUCUAUCGAGACGCAUAUCACUCGCCUGACUAUACUUACACCUCAGAUGUAAGUAUGGCCGGUUUUACAGAUAAUGCAGAUGAUCUAGAGUACAGACUGAGACAACUGGAAAGUGCUAUGCUGGGAACCGAUCAAGAAUUUAUCGAAACUAAUGAUGUUUCUUCUUCUUGGGCUAGUACUAAUCAAUUUGCUUUAGAGUCUACUGAUGACAGAACAAUGACAGAUAUGAUAUCUAGACGAGACUUUAAAGAAUUACUUAUUGCUUGUGCUAAAGCCGUUGCAGAAAACGAUGCAAUUACUGCCAACUGGUUAAUCUCAGAGUUGCGUUCUAUGGUGUCGGUAUUUGGCGAGCCAGUGCAUCGAUUAGGAGCUUAUAUGUUGGAAGGGCUUGUAGCAAGAUUAUCUUCUUCAGGUAGUUCUAUUUACAAAUCCCUAAAAUGCAAGGAACCAAGUGGUGGCGAACUAUUUUCCUACAUGCGUUUACUCUACGAAGCAUGCCCUUAUUUCAAGUUUGGAUAUUUGUCCGCCAACGGAGCAAUUGCUGAAGCCAUGAAGAACGAAAAUAAGAUCCAUAUAAUUGACUUUCAGAUAGCGCAAGGUAGUCAGUGGGUAACCCUUAUCCAAGCUCUUGCUUCACGCCCCGGUGGACCUCCUAGGCUUAAAAUAACGGGUGUUGAUGAUUCAACAAAUGCGUAUGCAAGGGGUGGAGGAGUCAACAUUGUUGGUCAAAGGUUAGCGAGUUUAGCAGAGUCUUGUAACAUCCCAUUUGAGUUUCAUGGUGUUUCGGUUUCUGGUUCAGAGAUUGAAGUUGAUCAUCUUGGUGUUCAGCCUGGUGAACCCAUAGCCGUUAACUUUGCAUUCAUGCUUCAUCACAUGCCAGACGAGAGUGUAGAUCCUCAGAAUCAUAGAGAUAGACUUUUAAGACUUGUCAAGAGUUUAUCGCCCAAAGUUGUAACUCUAGUUGAACAAGAAUCCAAUGUCAAUACGGCCCCUUUCUUUAACAGGUUUCAAGAAACGUUCAGUUACUACUUGGCUAUCUUUGAAUCAAUUGAUGCAACUCUACCUAAGGACCAUCAUCAGCGGAUCAAUGUCGAACAACAUUGUCUUGCACGUGAUAUCGUCAAUAUUAUAGCAUGUGAGGGGGCUGAAAGGGUGGAGAGACAUGAACUUCUUGGGAAAUGGAAGUCUCGGUUUACUAUGGCUGGAUUCACACCAUACCCAUUGAGCUCCCUUGUGAACUCCACCAUAAAGGCUUUGUUGCUUGAGAACUACUCUCAAAAGUAUAGACUUGAAGAACGAGAUGGAGCUCUGUUUCUAGGAUGGAUGAAUCGUAACUUGGUUGCUUCUUGUGCAUGGAAAUGAUCUCAAAUGCACAUCAGAAAGUUUGUAAGUUCUUGAUGAUUGGCAAAACAUCCUUCCCACAUGUUAUAUAUGUAUAAUGUAUAAUAUGUCAAUUUUGUUAUAAUAAAUAAAUGCCCAAAAUUUUCAGAAUA